GCGAUCCAAAUAUCGAUCAAUUCUGGGAUAAGAUGAACAGUUCAUGUACAAUGAGACUGUCAUACAACGAACAGUGUAAUCCGCCUCUGACGGAGUGUACCGAAGGACUAAUAUGUACUAGUAAGGACAGAGACGACAUCUACAGGUGUGAUUGUCCCAAUGACGAUAACAAAGUUUGGGACAGUACUACUCAACGGUGUUUGCAAAAAGAGACGCUGCUUUCCAUAUACGUCCCGGAUAAGCUCAAUAUAAUGGAUGCUAUUGAAUUUUGUGACGAAGAAUAUUCAGGCAGACUGGCUUCUGAAGAUGAAUUUAAACACCUUUUUGUCGAUUGCGUUGACUUUGCAGAUGACUUUUGGCUCGUACCUAAUACAUCCUCAGAAGGACAUUUCCACACUGAUAUGUGUCUAUUAGUAUACCAAGGGGUUGAUGUGAGGAGUGUAAACUGCUCACAGACACACUCGUUUGUUUGUGUAAUACUUGGACUGCUGUGGUGGGUCCUUGCUGCAGCUCUAUCCCUGAUUGCCAUUGGGGUAGUAUGUAUGGCUAUUGUGUUUCGAAGGUAA